AUGAGCUCAAUAGCUCUAUCAGCCAUUAUCCAUGUGUAUCGACUACUCCUCCGCCCAGUGGCUCCGUUCUCAUGGUCCGGCUCGAGCAUCAGUACUCUAGAUGUUAGCGCCGCGCUACGAUUGUGUGUUGUGCUUCGACAACUACGCGAAAUGACACACCAAAACCAUUGGAAGAAACGAGCCUCAAACAACGAAGAGAAAAAGGAAGAGGAUAUAGAACAAAUGAGUUACGUGAAAUGCAUUGCUGUAACUCUGGUUGUUGUGUACGGAGGCGAAGCAGUUAUGAACCCUUGGCUCGGAGUGCCGCCUUCAUUUGUCUUCUCUCCAGUAGUCCCAGCACUCUAUGCAGCCCUAACGGCUCUUGUCGAAACCUUACCCUCGGUUCCAGCCUUAUCAUUCAAGACAGAAUUUCCACUUUCAUUCUUUGACGGGAUCACACGUGCAUUCCUGCUCUGUCAACUUAUACCGCCAGUUGUAACGACCCAUGCUCAGCCAGUUAUCUCAACCUCCCCAUGGAUUUUGGUCCUUACAUCUCUAGUCACAGCAAAUGGCGGAUUCUUCUUCGUUAAUCUUUUCUCUAUGCUCCAUCCAACCGGAUGGGCAUUGGCUACUCCAGCGGAAUUACAGGCAUAUGGCUGGACAACGGUCGAUCUCUGGUGUGCACCAGUAACAACGGUAAUUUACGCGCUCCUUACACAUGCACAACCAUUCUGGGCCGAAUUACACGACCUACUUAUCCAGUUUGCUGGAUCAGAAGCACAAGAUGCCGAGAAAACAAGCCCACUACAUCGCGGAGAAGCGCUUGAUGCUGAAACUGCGCGCGCUGCAUGUGCAAUCUUCCUUACCAUCCUUUUCACGACACGGACCGUACGAAAUAUGGGAGGUUCGUUUAUGAAAGAGCUGCGUGGGGAGAAGAAGAGAGUUAUUAGAUCCAAAGUAGAUGGACGACGGUUAAAAACGAAAACACAAUAAUACACGCGAGAGCACUCGUACGGUACUUCCAAAGUUUAGUGCUUGCUUGAUUAGAACUCGCUUUUGACAUAGAUAGAACGUGUUUUCGAAUAUUAAAAGCAGAUUUAGAUA